AUGGGACCACUGGAGGAGAUCUAUAUUGUCUACGAUGAGCUUGAUGACGACGAUGAAUUAGUAGAGCCAAAGGCAGAAGAUUUAUCUGUACGUGCUCAAGAGUUGAAGGAUGAAUAUGCGGACUUGAUAGGGGACAUGCAUGGUGGAAAUGGAAAGGCAAAACGUAUUCGAUACCUUGACCGUUGUGGAAAAUAUUACUAG